AUGUCGUGGCUGCCUGAGCUCGUUGCUGUAGUGGUCAGUGUUGGAUCACUUCUGGCGAUUUUUGCAGUGCUUCGACGAGAAGAUGGGAAGCCCAUAUCGGAAUGGUCACUAGUAGUUCCACUCAACGCAGUGAUUGCCAUCCUAGGCGCGCUGGCGAGAACCACCCUGGCGUUCGCACUGAGUGCUUGUAUCGGACAACAGAAGUGGAAUUGGCUCCGAGUUAGACCUGAUCACCUGGUUGCAUGGACACGAUUUGAUGAAGCUAGCCGUGGUCCUUGGGGUGCAACACGUCUUUUUGUCUGGUUGCGACUCAGGCACUGGGCAGCACUUGGAGCUUUAGUAAUCGUUGGCACCGUCGCCUUCGACCCGUUUCUUCAAGCCGUGCUGACUACCGCUGGGGGGUUAGAUGUUGAUCAGCUCGCUGAGUACCCAGCAAGACUUCCUCAAGCUCUGCUUGUCGACACAGGACCUAUUUUGGAGUUAACAACUCAAGGCGGUCUGUCUUUCUUUAAUACAUCUGUGGGGCUGCUUACCAAAAUGGGGGGGUUCACGGUGCAACCUGAUUUCGGCAUGAUCAGUGCGAUAUAUAAUGGCUUCCGUAAUAGCACCACACGGGACCCUGUCACGUCAUCGUACCGCACCGCAGAGGUCGUUAACAGUGUCUGCACGACUGGCAACUGCACCUGGCCUCGUUAUACCUCCGCAGCAAUCUGCAGCUCUUGCAACGAUGUGUCCACUCGUAUUACUCUUGACCAAAGAACAGGGACUGGCGGGUCCAGCAUCCCGGGCCCAUUCAAUCAGGUAUAUGGACCAUCGAGAUACACUGCUUUCACGCUUCAGAAUGCCAACCUGUCAAACGAUGACACAGCGAGAUACGACCCUGAUUCAGGUAGCAAAGGUGGGAUCCAGCCAACCUUGCUUACGACGAACAUUUCCUAUGAUGCGCGAGACACGAUACGCUUCAGAAACUUGUCAACGAUGAUAGCUUCCUUCACCAUCAUGAAGGCGGGCAACGACUGGCUUGGAGGAAAAGUGGCUUGGAACGCAUCGAAACCUACUGCCACUGAGUGUGCUUUAUACUUCUGUGCAAACAUGUACAAAGCAGAAACGCGAAACGGCAAACUCGUAGAGACCGUCAUAGGCUCGUGGUCCAACAGAGACCCAAAUUCCUAUCAAGUCGAUCAAAACUCAGGAACUGUCGACGUCACCGGGGAGAAAGCUGCUGUAGAAGCCUACCUCGCUGAACAUGUAGGCAACAUGCUUUACGAUACUGUUCUCCAAAGGACUGACCUACGGCUUGACAUACCAGAAGAAGAAUCUCCAGACGUCAUGUCCUUUACUCGAUCGUUUAACAUCUCCUACGCAUACAUCAUAUCCAUGACCGACUUUCUCAAGACGCUCACUGCCCGUACUUCUGGUGUAAGGAGUACUGACCAGAUGGUCUAUCCUGAAUGGGAUGGAGGCGAGUCGCCCCUGGUCAACGCGCUAUGGGACUCAGGCAACCUGACCCAAACUUUCGACAACGUCGCUCUCAGCCUGACGAACCAGAUACGCAAUACCGCUAUAGACAGUCCACGCUAUCACGAAGCAUCAGGCGACACCCUCAAGUGGGUGAUCCACGUUAGAGUUCAGUGGCCUUACUUAGCCUUCCCGAUCGCAAUGAUCACUCUUGGGAUACUCUACGUCUUCCUCACGAUUGUUGAGUCGACGAGACUACACAUUCCUGUGUGGAAGGAGGCAGCCUUGCCGAGCUUAUUGUAUGGUCUGGACAACGAAACGCAGAGUCUACUCAGAGAAGCCCACAAGAAGUCAGUUAUGACCGUGAGAUACAGGCUGGACGAGAAGGAUGACUGUCUGUGA